AUGUUUAUCAAAAAUCCACUACUGAGACAACAUAUUCUUGAGGACGAAGUUCUUAGUGGCUACAUCUUUGUUUGCAACAAUGAUACCAUGCAGGAGGAUAUGAAACGUCACCUCUUCGGUUUACCUCCAAGAUACAGAGACUCUGCUCGAGCAAUAACACCUGGAUUGCCUUUGUUUCUUUACAACUACACCACUCACCAGCUUCAUGGCAUAUUUGAGGCAACAACUUUUGGAGGUACUAAUAUUGAUUCUACUGCUUGGGAAGACAAAAAGUGCAAAGGAGAAUCAAGGUUCCCGGCUCAGAUCCGGAUCAGAGUGAGGAAAAUAUACAAAGCCUUGAAAGAGGACUCCUUCAAGCCAGUUCUUCACCAGUAUGAUGGUCCAAAAUUCCGCUUUGAGCUCUCUGUUAUGAUGAAUACAAUAUUGGAUCUGCUAGACCUCUGCGAACAAGCUGGUUCUGCAUAAGCCAAAACAAUCAACCUUGCAAUGCCACGUUGCGUAG